ACACUUUUAUGUAGCACGCAUUCUGAAGCAAAAAGCUGUAUUCUUGCUUCGCCCAAGGCAUCGCAAGAUUUUCGCCGAAGCAGGCGAUCGUUCCCUUUUUCCUUUCCGCUGCAUUCGCCUUUCUUUUUUUUUUGGCGAAUAUUCAACCGUCUUUCCUUUCUUCGUCUCUUGAAGACGGAAACCUUGCAGCAUUACUCCGCUUUCCAAACUGAGGUCUGGAGCAAUGCGACUCGCUUCAACUGGACUUCUUUCACAAGUUCGACCCUUCGCCGCGCUUUCAGCAAAUUGUCCCUCUUGGGUAAGAACGCCCUGGAUGACGAGAUUCUCGCCAAGUACCUUCGGCUAGAGGCGCUGCUCUCAGGCGUUCGUUCCAACGUCACCUUGUGCCAAUACAAAGGUGGCUGGAAAGAUGGCGAUGAAAGUUGUCAUCUCACCUUUUCAGCCUGUGCGCUCUCUUCAAGACUUGCAACGCAUCGUCAGCCUCUCGGAGAACAGCGCUGAGCUCCUGCAUUAUUUCAAGCAGCGGAUGAAGCAGGCAAGGCGUUUCGGAGACGCCUUUUCUGAGCUUCUGCGAAUUAUCGCCAUGGAAAGCGAGAUUAAUGGCUUUAGGAACGCAGCAGACUACGUCAUGAAUUCUUACGAAUGGCCGACGUUCAGGGAAGAUGCGGAAGCAUUCUGGAACAAACUGCUCCCGUUGUACCAGCGUAUGCAUCGCCUGGUGCGAGAGAGGCUGAUCAGAAAGUAUGGCUCUAAGAUCGUGUCUCCGACUGGUCCUAUAGACGUUCACCUACUGGGCGUGCAGGGUUACUUGACAAGCAAUGCGGCAGAUUUGACAGACCCUUUGAUGGCGUCGGCAUGGAAUGAUGAAAACUCUCCUGUGAAUUCGAAGUCCCAAAACUUUACUGCAUUCAAAGCGUUCAAAGAGGCGGAGUACUUCUACGUUUCUUUGGGGCUGCCGCAGCUGCCUAGGAGUGUUUGGAAGAAGUCUAUGAUUGCAACGUCAUCGUCGCGGGACGCCGAUUUCCCUUGCGAGGCGUCUGCUUGGGACUUUUGCGAUGGACAAGAUUACAGGGUUAAGAUGUGCACCGAAGCAACAGUCGGUGGCCUGAGAACAGCGUUCCACGAGAUGGGACACGUUUACUACUUCAUGCUGUACGCGGAGCUGCCGCAUGUCUUUCGAACAGGAGCAAACGCAGCAUUCCACGAAGCUGUUGCAGACGCGCUGUCAUGGUUGGCGAUUCAAUCUAGACGGCUUCGAGAACAUCUCGGAUUUGGAAUAACAGAUCCCGCAGCUGCGGAGACACAUCACCUACUGGCGCUCGCAUUCGACCACGUCGGACAACUGUUUCAUGGAAUCGCAACUAGCAAGUGGAUGUGGACAGUGCUGGACGAACCUGUAAGCCGCGAGCGUAUGGACUCACUAUACUGGGAUAUGAGACUAAAAUACGAAGGAAUACGUUCACCGUCGGAUACCCAGACGGGCAGUUUCCGCUCACCUGCGGAUUAUGAUUUUCGCGCGCACAUGAACCGAAUCAGGUCCAUGUGCAGCUUUGUCGUGCAGAUGCAGAUCGUCAAGUACCUGUGUGGAGGAGCGAAUCACACGGGUCCACUGCACGAAUGCGACGUUUUCGGCUCUGAAGAGGCAGGCAGACGUCUCGCGUCAAUUCUUAAGCUUGGAUCAUCAAAACCCCUGGCGGAUACUAUGGAAAUGAUCAGUGAAGGUCAACGAAAAACUAUGGAUGCGUCGGCUACUCUCGAAUACUUCCUGCCCGUAAUGGAGUGGCUGCAGGAUAAUUCUGAAAGCUACGUCGGAUGGGGUCAACACCGGUAGCUACAGGUCGCAAUGGCGCUUCUCUGCGUUUUAAUCCGCCCCUGCCCAUUAUACGUAAAAUGGAUCAAUGAUGUCAAUCGGUCGAGCGAUCUGAUAGCUUUCUACGAGACACCAUCGGAAACACCUGAAGCAUGGUGCUCCAUUAAGCUUUUUUUUUCUUUCAGAGUAUAUGUAUGCAGAGCAAUUUGUGUAGAAUUAAAACUCUUAAGAAAUAUGUAAAACAAACCUCAAGAAAUAAAAACACGACUACAAUAAAUGUAGACGCUUCUUCAAA